AUGAAGGGAGGAAUUGUUGCUCUGGGACUCUUGCUCAUCUGUCUGGCCACAGGUAACAAACAUUAAAAAUUAUUUUGAGCAACAAACGUUUUAUUUGAAAGUUGUUGUUUAAAUUAUACAUGAUCUAGGGAUAAAUUAUACUGUGCAUGCAAAAGAAUGAAAAUUUCACUCACAACUGGAGUUUGAAUAGCUUUCAUAUUUUAUAACAUUUUGUUAUAUUAGACUUAGUUUUUAAAGUGCUUAAAAAAUCUCUAAAAACAAAAAAAGAACAGCUUUGAAAUGUAUAUAUUGUCAGCAUAAAAACAACGUUUCAUGGCUGUAUCAUGUGAUCAGCUCAUGUCAUUGAAUGAUGCAGUAGUUUUAAAGAUAAGAAGUAAAUUGUUUAUGGGCUACAUUUAAGUUUUCAAUUUCUUCACAGAUGCCAGCGGGAAGCCGCGCAGGAAUAUGGUGGGAUAUUAAGACAAAAAUAUAUAUAUUGAAAAAAUAUUUAAUACACAUUUGUUGGGAUUUAAGAAGAAUUUUUGUUCCCUGCUUUGGUGUUUUUUUUAAAGGUGUAAAUCUUUAGGUCAUAUUUGUGUUAUUUUGUGUCCACACAGCCCUCCUGUCCUGACACUCUGGUGGAUAUUUGUCCCAUGAACUAUAACCCUGUGUGUGGCAGCGACGGAAGAAUAUAUGGCAACAUGUGCUUACUGUGUUCCACCAUACUGUAAGUUCUAACAAUUCCUCCAUCCAGCAGCACUCCCCUAACAAAUUAUAUCAAAAUCACGCAGUUUAACAUUGAGGUAAAAUCUGCCACUGCUGCCCUCUAGUGGUGGAUGCAUUCAUAAAGUACAGUCUCAAUGUUGAACUUUACCCAGCACCAAAUGACUAGCAGUUGUUUGGAGUGUUCUCUGUUUUUGUCACUUGGUCUUUUUGGUGAAUAAUGAGACGGUCAUUGUCAUUAGUUACAUGGAAGUGACUGCCAUAGCUCUGAAAACACAUCAUAUCAAACUUAUACCUUCACUAUCAAAGUGUUUGCAGGAGAUGGGAUCUCCCACAUCAAAUAAAAUGAACAAAAAGACGAAAAGAGUAAUUCAUCUCCAUCUAUGUGAUCUUUUUCUACCUACAGACGCACUGGGACGUACAUUUUGGUUACCGAACAGAGUUUAUGCCGACCUGAAGACAACUUUCGUCCCGCAUAG